UUUUCAACGACUACAAAUCUGUUUUUGAUAUAGUUAUAAAAAAUAAAUACAUAAGACGUUAAUUAAAUAUGGUAAUGAAAUUGGUUCAAGCAGUCGCAUGCCUUUUGGCAAUGAUAUACCAAAUUUGUGGAGCAAAUCUUGUUGGUACAAAGAGAAUAAACGUCCGAAAAGAAUAUAGUAUUUGCAAUUUGAAAUCAGACUGGGAUGUUGUUCAGAGUAAAGAAGACUGCCAUAAAUUCUACCUAUGCCUUAAUGGUAAUGUAGAGGAAUAUAGUUGCGCCGAUAAUUAUUAUUUCGAUCCAAAGGAAAAACGUUGUAAAAUAGGRGAUUGUUCAACUAUGGAGGCACUAGAUAAAUGCACACCUGAAAGCAUACGCCGCAUCAGUGACAACUGUCAAACCUUUUCGCGUUGUGAGAAUGGAGAAUAUGUCAUACAAAAUUGUAAAAAAGAGCAAUAUUUUUCAACGAAAUAUGACAGCUGUCAGCCAAUAUCUACAAGCGCCGACCACAAAUGUAGUUGCCUUCUACCUCCUUAUGCCAUCUUCAGCAAUCCAGAUAAUUGCGAAACAUACUAUAUGUGCAGUGAUGGUAAAGCAGUACUACAGCAAUGCCCACGAGGACAAUAUUAUAGCGAACAAGUCAGUAGCUGUCUUCCAGAUUUGAUUGGCAUUUGUAUAGCUCUGCCUAGCUCAACUGAAUUGGCGAUAACUAAAAUAUGUAACAGGUUUGCCAAUAAUAUAGCAGACUUUCAGCUAUAUUUAAAAGAAUGUGAUAACUUCUUUUUAUGUAUAAAUGGCCGAAUGUUUCCUAGACGUUGUCCACAAGGAUCAUACUAUGAUAAAAACAAGCGCUUCUGCCGUUGGGAUGUAAAUGGGAUUUGUACUGAACGGUUGAACAAAUUGCAUGAAGGAUUAAAAUACACAGAAAAACCUGAAAUUAUAUAUAUGAAAGAGCAACCAACUCUCCCUACUACAAAAUCAGUUACAAAAGUCAAGCUGGCUAAUCAAAAUCAAACCGUUGUUCCAAAUGUGGAGAACAACACAGAUAAAAGUAUCAAAAAAGAAAUAGAACAGAUAAAAGGUUUUGCUUUCGAUCAACCGAACAAAUCGGUGUAUGAUAAAUUGUCAUCAAAAUUUAUCAAUUUUUGACCUCGAUUAAUACUAUGGUAUAAAAAGUAAUCAACGAUUCAAAGGAUAUUCUUAUAAAAGCUUUUAAUUGUUAAGAUAAA